CUCAUUGCAGGAAACUCCCACAGAGUUCUUGACAGUGUUCAAGAGGAGCUGGUUGACAAGAAGGAAGAAAUGUGGCAGACAGUUGGAUGGACAAUGGAAAAGCAGUCUCUAUCAUUUAAGGCAGACUUGUUGAUGAUAUGAAUACAUACAGUUCAGCACAUUUCCUGAGACCAGCUCAGAAAAACACAGGCUUGUACAGCCCUCUCUGUCCCCAGGAAUGAUGCUUCUCUUCCGGGUUGUGCUUUGGUCAGCGCUCCCUCUUCUGGCUCUUUCCUCUGCUCUGGAACAUUGUCUCCUCCAUGAGAGCAGCAGCUCACAGAACGUGUCUUCAUUGCUGGAAUCCUUACAGUGCCAUAAUGACUACAUGUCCCAAGUCCACUGCAAAUGGAGGAAACACAGAGACACGCCGCUGCAGCUUUGGUCCACCUUUUCAUCCAACAGGGUGUUGUGUGUGCCAUACAAUCCACCAAAGCAAGAUGAGCACGGGACUGUCCACUGCAAAUAUGAUGCUCGUGCAUUUUCCAUUGGCAUCAAACACACAGUCUUCUUCCUCAAGAACAAGUCACUGACUGUUUGCUCAUCUGUCCAGAACAAGCCUCUGGAUCUGUCUCAGCUCUUGAGAGCACGCAUACCAGUGGACCUAUCCACACAUGAUGCAGGUGAUGGAGGCCGACGGCUCAGCUGGUCCAGCCCCUACCCCUCUUCCUCUUCCCUGAACAAAAACCUUACGUAUCAGCUCAGCUACAGAACAGUAAAACAGGACAAUUGGACUACUAAGGAAGUCACAAACACCAGUGUGAAUCUUGAGAAACAAUUGUUGCAUCCGGGUCACCGGUAUGAAGCUAGGGUGAGGGCCCGGGCCAGUGUGGGCCAGUGGAGUGACUGGAGUCCUGUGGUGACCUGGAAGACUGAGGAGGGAAAAGUCUGGAGCUUACUAGCUGUCUCUUUCUCUAUCGCUUUCUCUCUGGCCCUAGACACCGGACAGUCUCCCAGUUUGCAUUGUGUGCUGGAUGGAGAGAAGGAGGUGAUGUGCAGCUGGGAGGUGAGCAGAGAGCUGUCUCACUUCAUUACCUACCAGCUGGACUGUCGACACAGCCAGACUGCACUGUCUGAGAGUUGCUGCAUGAACCCAACAGUAAGUCGCGACCCCAGCGGGAUGGUGCUGAAGUACAGCUGCUCUCUGAUUGUCGCAGACCCCGCACAUCUGCUGCUCAAGCUCCAACCAAAGCAAAAUGCCAAGACUUUUAGGGUCCACCAACACAUCCGUCCCAACCCACCACAGCAAGUAAGAGUGAAGGAGAAAGACCUCGAUUGGAUUGUGGAAUGGACUGCACCAAAUAAAUCUUCGAAAAUUUCACUGUAUUAUGAGGUCUGCUAUUACAGGACACAGGAUCAGGGAUGUUCUACCCUGCUGAACUCUUCAGAGUUGUUCAUGUCCCUGCCAGCUCUGGUCCCAUCUCAGCACUACCAGGUCAAAGUGAGGUCACUGGUCAUCCCCGGGAAAGGCAUCAAGUACGAGGGAAUCCCCUCUGAAUGGACUGAUCCUGUGGACUGGACCUCGCAUGCAGCCACCUGGUCACUCACCACCUUGAUAUAUGUUCUGAUCAGUGUGUUUGUGGCCACAGUCUUCUUCACACUCUACUGCACCAUUCCAGCUUGUAAAAGAAAGGUGGUCCUUUGGGUGGACUCAGUUCCCUCUCCGGGCAAAAGCAAAAUCCUGUCUGAGAUACAGUCCGCAGCCAGUUGGACCUUUAUUCAGAGCGAGGACGCUUCCAUCUGCGAAGUGCAACACUUCGACACCAUAUCUACAUGCUCCUCACAUGCGUCGCUGUGGCCAAUCACAGAUGCUGAUGAAAAUCAUUUGGAGCUGGACGAGGGCUUCUGGAACACUGAUAACUUUCCCAUCCCUACUGAGAAGGUCAACAGCUCUGACACAUCCUCCAUGAGCUUCAGUGGGCCAUACAUAUUCUGUCAGACAUCACAGCCCAACUGUAAGCCAGUGGAUGUCAAGUGUGACGAGAAAGAGAACAAAAACAAAACCUUAUCAGAUGGCUCUCCUCCCCCUGUGAAUUUUGCCCUUUUCGGAGAGGGUUAUGUGUGUCUACCCAACAGCACCAUCUCUAGGUCCACACAGGAUCUCGUAUCUCACAGCGAUGCCAGCACAAACACACACAGGCACAACAGCCUGGAGCAGGAUCAACAGUGUUCGGACUCCAUGCUGCACCCUGAUAAGACAGACUUCCAGCCCAUCCACAGCGAAGCCACCAGCAUGGACCAGCCUCCGCCUUACACCUCUUCACCUUUCACCCCCUGGCCUCAGGGUGGGACCAUGCAUGCCUCGGGGUACUGCCACCUCCCACAGCCCUAAUCAGAGUUGGUUACCAGGGUCAUACGAGAGAGGAGCACAUCAAAACAGGAUCUGUAAGGCUUUUUCAGGAGAUAUGAAAGUUAAUCAAGCAGUGAUUAUUUUUUUGUGUUUUCAUAAGCUUUCCAUUUUAUUUCAAACUACUUAUCCUUCCAUGUAGAAAAAAACAAAUAUAUGUAUUAAUUAUUAGGUCAAUACACAUUAGAAGGUGUUUUAGGUGUUUUUUUUGUUGUUGUUGUUGUUGUUGUUUUUUUUAGAAGAACCUUUUUACUUCUUUUAUUGUUAUCUGACCUGAGAUCAGGUUGAGAGGUCUGACCAAUGGAGGGCAAUAGUGAGCUGAGCCUGUGAGUGCAAUGAAGUGGCGGGUGACUGCAGUAUGGUACACAAAAUGAUUCUUUUCUUUGCUAAAAAAAAGAAUGAAAUUACUUCCUAACAUAUACUAGAUCAGGAUGAAAUAACAGGAUCACCUUAUAUGUUCAUAUAAUCCAUUAGAAUAGCAAUUAAGUUGUCAAUGAAGCUCAAAGUGUGUCAUUUUCAUUGAGAUAUUCCAUUCCAUUUUCACAGGAAGUUAUGGUCAUUUUACUGACUUUGUACGAAUUCUCAUGCAAUGUGAAAUGUACGGGACCUAACCACAGAUGCUUAAGAAUUGUGUUGAAAUGUACCCUUUUUUUUUAUUACUUCCUCAAAUUUCGUGUUUCUGUCACAGCUGAGAUAAGAAGUUGAAUUAUGUAAACUGCUAUUCAUAGGAAAAGUGUGUACAUCUGCUGACUUCCGCCAUCACUGCAGUCAAAAUGCGUGUUUGCACAAAGGUGUGUGAGUUGGGACCUUGUUGUCAUUGUUGCAGCCUAUGUAUUGUUGAGUACGCUGAACUUUAUGUUAAUCUACAUUGCAAUGAAAAUAUGUUAAAGCUACCUUUAAGAUAUAAAACUUGCCCUCAAGUAUGUUACUUAUAGACCUAUUUGAUGUCAGUAAAAAUGCAAGUUUGCACUAUGUUUACUGCACUUCUAUACUGUGAUAGGGAAUCACGAUUUUUGUGUAUGUUUUAUGAAUGGAUUAUACACAUGUUCUCACCCCAAACACAUAUGCAAACAUAAAUUACAUUUGGUGUCACUGUGUAAUUCACUGGGUAGCCCUCAAGUGUAAUUCUUUCGUAGUGUGCCUUGCACAUUUAAAAGUGAUACCAAAUGGUCCUGAACUAGCAUUCAUAUGUGACAAGCUGGGAGUGCGAACAUGUAGGGAACAUGGGCAAAGAAGAAAAAAGAGUUUGGCUGUCAAACUAUGUAACAGAUGUUAUAAUAUAAGGGUUAUAAUGCCUUAAUGAUGUGCUUUUUAGGCUAUUUAAUUUAUCCAAAAGAUAGAAUCUACAUAUUACCAAAAAAGUAAAUCCUGCACUGUGGAUAAUUGCACUGUGAGAAAAUAAACUUUUUAUAUUUAA